UGCAUGGCCCGCAUCAACUGGCGUUUUAUGGCCGGUAUUCUAUUCGUCUGCGAUUACUGAUGGCAGGCAUCCGGCGUUUUUACAUUCUGUUUGCACCAUUACGCUGCCGGCACCGAUGGCUUUCUGUCCACAAUCUGUCCAUCACUCUUACCGACACCCAUUCAUGACCUUUUCAUCUUCCAUCCGCCACUAUUACACUACCGGCGCUGAUGGCUUCUUUUCGUCUCGGGCAGCGAUUAAUGGUCUUUUUCAUUUCGGCGUUCUUGCUAUGACAAUUUUUGCUACGACUACACGACAGGAACUUGUUUUUUCGGCUGGAGUUUUAUUCGUCUGCUUCUGCUCAUGGCCGACAUCGACGGAGUUAUUGUCCCGUCCUAUACACCACAUUGCAGGAAUCCGGCGUCUCUUCAUACCGGUAUUCAAUCUGCCACCAUUACAGUACACUGUCGGCACCGAUGGCUUCUUGUCAGCUCAUCUAUCGCCACUACCAAGCAGUCGUUAAUGGUCAUUUCACUUCGUAUCCUUCCUACUCCUCCGAGGAAUCCAUAGGAAGGACCUUCUUUUUCAUAUCCUGAUGAUUCGAUGAGCGGCGUCUCUUUAUAUCGGAUUCAUCUGCCACCAUUACAUCACACUGUCGGCAUCGAUGGCUUCUUGUCAACUCAUCUAUU